ACACUGGUUUUACAUUCCGGCAUUUCUGAUGCUUCCAAUUGGUACAAGUUCUGGCUAAACUCUCAUUAUAGCGCCACAAUCGCACUAAAACCGCUAUUUCAUUUCAUAACUGAUGAAUAAGUGUCUGUCCUUUACCUGCAGACUUGCCUCAAUUCAUACGAUUUGGAGAUAAAAGAACACCAAGUCGAACCAAGCAUGCCUGGCAAGAGACGUGCCAAGCGUGGAGGAAUCAGACCACGAGAAAAAAUGACAACUAGAAAAGCGAAGAGUUCAACUGUAAAGUCGUUGGAAGACGAACCAACACCGGGUCCCACCAUGCGUCCCAAGAGACCUAGACGUUGCAAGGGUGAGGGAAUCAGCCAACAAGAAAAAAUGACAACUAGAAAAGCGAAGAGUUCAACUGUAAAGUCGUUGGAAGACGAACCAAGACCGGGUCCCACCAUGCGUCCCAAGAGACCAAGACGUUGCAAGGGUGAGGGAAUCAGCCAACAAGAAGAAAUGACAACUAGAAAAGCGAAGAGUUCAACUGUAAAGUCGUUGGAAGACGAACCAAGACCGGGUCCCACCAUGCGUCCCAAGAGAUCUAGACGUUGCAAGGGUGAGGGAAUCAGCCAACAAGAGGAAAUGGCAGAGCCUUCAGCUCAAGAGACGAUCACAGAGGAGUCAAGUGCACCCGGUCCUAGCAAGCCAGGCUCUAGGCGUGGCAAGCGUGGAGGAUCUAAAAUCAGACAACAGGUCAGCAGUCAAGGAGGUCAUUGGGAGCUGGCUCGUGAGAUUAAGAAGCCAAAGACUCUUGCGCACUCGGACGUCGCUAUCCGUCACAAUGACAUUCUGGUGCUUCGCCAUUACAAAAAAGGAAUUGAAAUGUACAACCCCGAUGAUAAACAGGAAAGCCCAAUGAAAUUCCACCGUGGUCCAAGGAUAGAAAUUGCAUUUGAUGACAUUCACAAUCGUUUGGUUGUAUUGAAUUGCCACUGUCUGCCAGCUCCCGAAGUGAAAGUAUUCAACAGCGACAACACACUGGCAUACCAGUUCACGACUGUGCCAAUUGGGGUCCACUCUCCUCCUUCCGCCGCAACUGUAGCAAUCAAGAAGGAUGGAACUAUCCUGGUGGGUUUCAACAUAACUCAUCUGUAUAAUGAACACAGACCCAGUGAUGGUAAGCUCCUACGCACCAUACCGACAAAUAUUAUCCCUCAUCGUCUUGCUGCCGACAGCAAAGGUCGAGUUUUCAUCAGUUGUGGGUCGCAUGGGAGCGUGGAAGUUACUGAUGGAAAUGGCGUUACAUUAUUCACCAUAACACCCAGAAUAGACGGACAAUCAGGAUUAGGGUGCGGAGGUGUAGUGAGUGAUAGCUCUGGGAUCUAUGUUGGUGCAUGUUCGCGUGUAAACAUGUACACUGCUCAUAUUCACCACUAUGACCUCGAUGGCAGGUUUCUUGAUUGCGUGGCUCAGGGUCUGUAUAACCCAACUAGAAUCGCUUUCACAGCAGAUGGGCAGAUGGCAGUGGCUGACCAGAACUCAAUCAAGAUAUAUCGUAAAGUUUGAAACAAAAUUGCAGGAAACUAUGUGGAUUUGAAAUGGUCAUCCAACAAAGCAAUUUAGCUCAAUGGUGUGUAAUAAGAUCGGAUCCUAGAAAGGGGGAAAUGACUGCUGGCAAUAAACUUAAAACAUUAAGUUAUAAUUAACGUUAAAUUCAAAUAUACGAUGUAUUAACUCUAAUCAGUCAUUAUUUAUAAUGAUCUAUAAAUCACAAGUCAUUUUCGCUUUUUGUACAAUUUCAUUGGAACACCAGGCUCAUUUGGAGUGAUUAAUAGAGGAACAAAAUACAUGUAGUUUGAAAAUGUAACAAACAAAUCAUCAAUGUGCAAGAUGAUCCCACAUUUGAAAACUUAAAAUCAAAAUUGUAUAUCGACGUGAGGAAAUGAGGUUCUUUAAAAGCGACUUAAUGUUUAAUAUUAGGUUUUCGUGGCCAUUUUGAAAGACUUUUCUUUGAAAUUCACCAACUAUAUCAUUCAAUUUCGUCCACGAAAAA